AUGUUGGGAGCUCUUAGAAGGUGCUCUACGGUGCUGCCGCGCAGUGUCGCUCAGAUUUCAAGCACAAGCAGAAGCGCUGCUGUUUCAAGGAUAUCAAGACCUUACAACGCAGCUCUUAUCACCAGAAGCUUGCACCAGACCAGCCAAUGGAGACAACAAAAUGCCGCCGUCGCUGAAGAGGAAGGCCUUGGAUUCCAGUCAGAACAGACCGAGGAUGGUCCCAUCACAACCUUCGCCGAGCUGGGCAACAGAAAGCUGGUCAGCAGAGGCGUUGUUCAGACUCUGAUCAAGGACAUGGGCCUCGAGACCAUGACCGAGGUGCAGACGGCCACCAUCAACCAGGCAUUGAACGGAAACGACAUUCUUGCUCAGGCCAAGACCGGUACCGGAAAGACUCUUGGUUUCCUGAUCCCCGUCCUUCAGAACAUCCUCAAGACCGACGCUUCUCUCGGUGAGCGCGGUAGAGGCUACCAGCGCAAAGCCAACAAGACGACCGCCGACGACAUCCGCGCCAUCAUCGUUUCGCCCACCCGUGAAUUGGCCGAGCAGAUCGCCAUGGAGGCAAAGCGUCUUGUUGCAAACACUUCGGUCAUUGUACAGACGGCAGUAGGAGGAACACAAAAGUCGGCCGGCCUGCGCGCUAUCCAGCGCCAGGGUUGCCACAUCUUGGUUGGUACCCCCGGUAGACUGAAGGACAUCCUCAGCGAUCAGUACUCUGGUGUCCAGGCUCCCGGUCUUGAUGCCCUGGUCUUCGAUGAGGCCGACCGUCUCCUCGACCAGGGUUUCUGGCCCGAAAUCCAGGAGAUCAUGGCCCUUCUCCCCAAGCCCGAGGAGAAGAACCGUCAGACUCUCAUGUUCAGCGCCACUGUUCCCCGUGAGGUCCAGAAGCUGGUUAGAGAGACCCUCAAGCCUGGUUUCGACAUUGUCAAGACUGUGCGCGAUGACGAGGAGCCCACUCACGCUCGUGUUCCUCAGUACCUCGUACAUGUCAACGGCCUCGAGAACACUGUACCUGCUAUUGUUGAGCUGUGCAAGAACGCUAUCGCCGAUGCUGCUCAGCCCGAUGCUCGUCCCUUCAAGGCCAUCCUCUACUUCAACUCGACCGCCGAGGUCACCCUGGCUUCCGCUGCUCUUACUGAGCUUCCCGUUGACGAGGAUGCCAUGCCUCCCCCGCAGGACACUCGUGGUCGCUAUGGUCGUUACCGCGAUGUUCGCGGUGCCCUCUACCCUGCUCGCGUCUUCGAGAUCCACUCUAAAUUGAGUCAGGGCCAGCGCACCCGUGCCGCUGACGACUUCCGCAAAUGCUCUUCUGGUAUUCUCGUUUCGUCCGACGUCACCGCCCGUGGUAUGGACUUCCCCAACGUUACCCACGUCAUUCAGGUUGGUAUGCCUCGUGACCGCGAGACCUACAUUCACCGCAUCGGUCGUACCGCUCGUGCUGGAAAGGAGGGUCAGGGUUGGUUGCUGUCACCUAUGAUCGAAGCUCAGGAAGUUCCUCGCAAGCUCAACAACCUUCCCUUACAGAAGGACACCUCACUGGCCACCGCCUCCGUCGACAUGACCCGUGAGGCAGAUGUUCCCAAAUCGGCAGCUACCAUCCUGGCUCAAGUCGCCGAAUCUUACAACCGCGUCCCUAAGCAACUCAAAGCCGAUGCUUACAAAGCUUACAUCGGUACCUAUGGCUUCAUCCGCAAGAAGGCUCUUGUCAACGCCAUCAACAACCUCUCUCGCUACGCCUGGGGCAUGCCUUCCCCUCCGGAGAUCUCUUCCGCCCUCGCUUCGCGUGGUGGUGGUCGUGGUGGCAGCCGCGGUGGUUUCUCAAAUGACCGCAAUGGUGGAGGCUUCUCUCGCGGUGGCGGUGGUGGCUACGGCGGUGAUCGUGGCGGUGAUCGCAGAGGCGGCUACGGUGGAGACCGCGGCGGUGAACGUAGAGGAGGGUACGGAGGUGGUGACCGCAGAGGAGGCUAUGGCGGCGAUCGUGGUGACAGAAGUGGCGGUUCUGGUUUCACCGGCGAAAGCAGACGCUUUGGCGGUGGUGACCGCUACUAA